AUGGAAGACAAGAGACACAGAUGGAAGACAGAGACACAGAUGGAAGACAGAGACACAGAUGGAAGACAGAGACACAAAUGGGAACCAGAGACACAGAUGGAAGACAGAGACACAGAUGGAAGACAGAGACACAGAUGGGAACCAGAGACACAGAUGGAAGACAGAGACACAGAUGGGAACCAGAGACACAGAUGGAAGAUAGAGACACAGAUGGAAGACAAGAGACACAGAUGGGAACCAGAGACACAGAUGGAAGACAAGAGACACAGAUGGGAACCAGAGACACAGAUGGAAGACAAGAGACACAGAUGGGAACCAGAGACACAGAUGGAAGACAAGAGACACAGAUGGGAACCAGAGACACAGAUGGAAGACAAGAGACACAGAUGGGAACCAGAGACACAGAUGGAAGACAGAGACACAGAUGGAAGACAGAGACACAAAUGGGAACCAGAGACACAGAUGGAAGACAGAGACACAGAUGGAAGACAGAGACACAGAUGGGAACCAGAGACACAGAUGGAAGACAGAGACACAGAUGGGAACCAGAGACACAGAUGGAAGAUAGAGACACAGAUGGAAGACAAGAGACACAGAUGGGAACCAGAGACACAGGCGGGAGACAAGAGACACAGAUGGGAACCAGAGACACAGAUGGAAGACAAGAGACACAGAUGGGAACCAGAGACACAGAUGGAAGACAAGAGACACAGAUGGGAACCAGAGACACAGAUGGAAGACAAGAGACACAGAUGGGAACCAGAGACACAGAUGGAAGACAGAGACACAGAUGGAAGACAGAGACACAAAUGGGAACCAGAGACACAGAUGGAAGACAGAGACACAGAUGGGAACCAGAGACACAGAUGGAAGAUAGAGACACAGAUGGAAGACAGAGACACAGAUGGGAACCAGAGACACAGAUGGAAGACAGAGACACAGAUGGGAACCAGAGACACAGAUGGAAGAUAG